GCAGCGCGAGGCAACGCGGCGGAGACCGCUGGCAGGCGCCCGCCGUUGUGCUGCCUCCGUCCCGCUCCCCCUCUGCGCAGGGAGCGAAUGGUUCAGCCCCGCCCAAGAUGGCCGCCACCAUGAAGAAAGCGGCUGCGGAAGAUGUCAAUGUCACUUUUGAGGAUCAACAGAAAAUUAAUAAAUUUGCAAGGAAUACUAGCAGGAUCACAGAGCUGAAGGAAGAAAUAGAAGUAAAAAAGAAGCAACUUCAGAAUUUGGAAGAUGCCUGUGAUGACAUAAUGAUGCUUGAUGAUGAUUCGCUGCUGAUACCCUACCAAAUUGGAGACGUCUUCAUUAGUCAUUCCCAAGAAGAGACACAAGAGAUGCUGGAGGAGGCAAAGAAAAGUUUACAAGAAGAAAUUGAAGCAUUAGAAUCUCGAGUGGAAUCAAUUCAGAGAGUGCUAUCUGAGCUGAAAGUUCAGCUUUAUGCAAAGUUUGGAAAUAACAUAAAUCUUGAGGCUGAGGACAGUUAAAGGUUUUCUAAAUAUAUCAUUUUUUCAUUGUUUUAUUAAAUAUUUUGCUAGUUUUUUUUCCAUUAAUGUUUUUUAAAAUUUCAUCAGUUUCUGUUUUUUGACUUUCCUGUCUUGAGUUCCAUCUAUUUAAUGAGAGCUUUCUUGUUUGGCUUACUGCAGUUAUUUAUUUGUUCAGGAAAGCAAUAGCAUCAUACUGUUGAUAAAGCAUCAAGAUUUGAGUAUUUACGCUGUUUAUUAAAAUAAUAAAGUGAGGCACAUAUCAUA